AUGAAAACGGACAAAAACGAUACGACAGCUCCCUACGUGUUAUACAAAGAUGGAGUGGAGCGAGCACCACCAGGCACGCAAUGGGGUAGCGGAGUCCUUGAUGGGGGCUACCAAACGAUGCAGCACCAAAGUCCCAGCGGACCGUCGCCACAGCCCGAACCACAACUGGCUUCACCGGCGCCUUCACCUUAUCCCCCAGCUCCACCUCCCCCCGAUCCAACGACAGCCGAAGAUGCAGCGCAACAGCUCGCCCAGCAACAAGCUCAACAACAAGCACAACAACAACAACAGGCACAGCAACAACAAACGUCACCCGACCAUAUGCAGGUCGAACAGCAGUUACAGAGCCAAGGGCAGCCGCAGUCUAACCAAGAUCACUUAGACCGAGGACCCUGCUUUGUACAACCAGACUUGCAGCAACAAUAUACCCCAUACUUUAAAGAAACGAGGCCAACCAGCCACAUGUUGGGAACCGGUGGUUUCCCACUACACUAUCUCAAACAGAACGGUGGUGUGUUAUCACUAGAAGGUCCGCUCGACCAAUAUGGUGCACCAGAUCUACGUCAUUUGCCCGACAUAGUCCAGCCAGAGCCAACAAAGCCAAGGAAACACAACCCAAAUUCUGAGCUGCGCCUUUUCAAAUGUCUCACGUGCGGGAAAGACUUCAAACAAAAAUCAACCCUUCUGCAGCACGAGCGCAUCCACACAGACUCUCGGCCGUACGGGUGUCCGGAAUGCGGCAAGCGGUUUCGCCAGCAGUCUCACCUCACGCAGCAUCUCCGCAUCCACGCGAACGAGAAGCCGUACGCGUGCGUGUACUGCCCGCGCUCGUUCCGGCAGCGCGCCAUCCUCAACCAGCACCUACGCAUCCAUUCCGGUGAGAAGCCAUAUACGUGCGGCGAGUGCGGCAAACAUUUCCGCCAGAAGGCCAUCCUGAACCAGCACGUCCGCACACACCAAGACGUUUCGCCACAUCUCAUCUUCAAGAACGGGACGACGCCGACGCUGUGGCCCCAGGAUGUACCCUUUCCGCCAGACGAAAAUAAAGAAGAGAUCCAGUCGACGUUCGGCGACGCAGACGGACAAAACGGAGAACAAAGGGGUUCAUGCUUCUCUCCGGGCGACACAGCCCAAUACCCAGCAUAUUUUAAGGAUACGAAAGGUCUCAAUCAUGCCGUAUUUGGCUCUAGCCUUUCCCUUCAGUACCUGAAGGGUGGUAAGCUGCCUGACGUGUUAGGAGGCCGGGCUAUGCCAUUAUACGUACGUUGCCCUAUUUGCCAAAAAGAAUUCAAACAGAAGUCAACGCUCCUGCAACAUGGUUGCAUCCACAUCGAGUCACGACCAUAUCCAUGCCCGGAAUGUGGUAAACGUUUUCGCCAACAGUCACAUUUAACGCAACAUCUGCGCAUCCACACCAAUGAAAAACCAUACGGCUGCGUUUACUGUCCCCGUUUCUUUCGGCAGCGGACAAUACUUAACCAGCAUCUCCGCAUUCACACCGGAGAGAAACCGUACAAAUGCACUCAAUGCGGUAAGGACUUCAGGCAGAAGGCGAUUCUGGACCAGCACACGCGAACGCAUCAGGGCGAUCGACCGUUCUGCUGCCCGAUGCCCAACUGUCGGCGGCGCUUCGCUACCGAACCGGAGGUGAAGAAGCACAUCGACAACCACAUGAACCCGCACGCCGCUAAAGCGAGACGGGCUGACGCGAAGACUCCUCGGCCGCUGCCACCCGCGGCGGCGGUAGUGAAGCCUGAGCUGUACUUCCCGCAGUGCUAUGCGCCGCCGUUCCAACAGUUCUCCUCCGGCGGCGAGUUCAAGCCGGCGGUGGGGCCUGGCGCACCCGUGGCGUGCCUGCCGGCGCAGUGA